AUGACUAACAUAGGGGAACUCUCAACAACAUUGAAAUUUUUGGAAAAAUAUUAUCCUUAUCAAGGUAUUGGCAUAUGCAAGUGUUACAUGAACAGACUAUGUUUUUGUAUCACAGAUACUCUUCUGCUGCAAAAGUGCAGCAUCACAACUUCACUACGAGACGCGCGUCAACUCCACGCCCUCCUUUUAACUACCUCCAAAGCAUUUGGCUCCAAAUCUGCGUUUCUAUACAACCACAUCAUCUCCAUGUAUGCACGCAGUGGUUCGCUCAAAGACUCCCACCAAGUGUUCGACAAAAUGCCUCAUAGAACUCUUGUUUCUUACAAUGCACUUCUUGCAGCAUAUUCUCGAGUAUCAGAACAUUCCAUAUACGCCCUUAGCUUGUAUACCCAGAUGGAAAAUAUGGGUCUUAGGCCUUCCAGCAUGACUUUUACUAGCUUACUGCAAGCAUCUUCAUUGCAUGGAGAUUUAUGGGUUGGGUUGUUACUUCAUGCCAAGAGCUUGAAGUUUGGGUUUUUGAAUGAUAUUUGUGUCCAAACUUCUUUACUUAAUAUGUACUCAAAUUGUAGGGAUUUGAGUUCGGCUGAAUCUGUCUUUUGGGAUAUGAAUGAAAUAGAUGAUGUUGCUUGGAAUUCUUUGAUUGUUGGAUAUUUGAAGAAUGAUAAGAUCAACGAAGGUGUUUAUCUAUUUAUUGAAAUGAUGAGGGUUGGUUUUACGCCAACUGUAUACACGUUUUGUAUGGUUUUUAAUGCUUGUAGUCGUCUGAAAGAUUGUUUUUGUGGGAGAUUGAUUCAUGCACGUGUGAUUGUCGGGAAUGUGUCACCGGAUUUACAUCUGCAGAAUGCGCUGGUUGACAUGUACUGCAAUGUUGGUGAUACACAUAUGGCUUAUGAGAUUUUUAGUAGAAUGGAAAACUGGGAUUUAGUUUCAUGGAAUUCUAUGAUUGCUGGGUAUUCUGAUAAUGAGGACGGAGAAAAGGCAAUGAGUUUGUUUGUUCAGUUGAAGGAAUUGAGCUUUCCUAAACCAGAUGACUAUACUUAUGCUGCCAUUAUAUCUGCAACAGGUGCAUUCCCGUGUUUUAGUUUUGGAAAACCGCUUCAUGCUCAGAUUAUUAAAUCAGGAUUUGGGAGAAGUGUGUUUGUGGGGAGCACUCUAGUAUCAAUGUAUUUCAAAAAUCAAGAAACUGAAGCUGCUCAGCGUGUCUUUUAUUUAAUCCCAGGAAAGGAUCCUGUUCUAUGGACUGAAAUGAUCGCAGGUUAUUCUAAAAUGACAGACGGAAUGAGUGCAAUUAGAUGCUUUUCUGAAAUGCAUCAUGAAGCCUAUGAGAUUGAUGGCUACGUUCUCAGUGGAGUUUUGAGUGUCUGUGCUGAUCUUGCAAUUUUAAGACAAGGUGAAAUAAUCCAUUGUUAUGCCAUCAAAUUGGGUUAUGAUGUUGAAAUGUCUGUAUCUGGGAGUCUAAUUGAUAUGUAUGCUAAAAAUGGUAGCCUUGAAGCUGCAUAUUUGGUAUUUUCUCAAGUUUCACGUCCCGAUUUGAAGUGUUGGAACUCAAUGCUUGGAGGAUAUAGUCACCAUGGAAUGGUAGAUGAGGCAUUGAAACUUUUCGAGGAGAUUACUAAACAUGGUCUAGUUCCAGAUCAAGUGACAUUAUUGUCUCUAUUGUCUGCAUGCAGCCACAGCAGAUUGGCUGAGCAAGGAAAGUUACUAUGGAAUUAUAUGAACAACAUCGGUUUAGUUCCUGGGCCAAAGCACUACUCUUGCAUGGUAACAUUGUUGAGUCGUGCGGCGUUAUUGGAAGAAGCGGAAGAAAUUAUCAACGAAUCACCUUAUUUUGAAGACAAUAUUUAUUUAUGGAGAACUUUGCUAAGUGCUUGUGUUAUAAACAAAAAUUUGAAAGUGGGAGUUCAUGCAGCAGAGGAAGUUAUGAGAUUGAAUGCAGAAGAUGGUCCAACUCUUGUGUUGCUCUCUAAUCUUUAUGCUGCUGCAGGAAGAUGGGAGGAAGUUGCUGAAAUAAGAAGAAAAACGAGAGGAUUAAUGAUGGAGAAGGAUCCUGGGUUAAGCUGGAUUGAGGCCAAGAAUGACAUUCAUGUGUUCUCUGCUGGAGAUCAAUCACACCCUAAGGUUGAUCAGGUGCAGGCUGAAUUGCAUAGGCUUAAAGGAAAUAUGAUUAGAAUAGAGAAUGAUGACAGUGAGGCACAGACUAUAUAA